AUGGACACCUACCGUUUUAGGGUUCCAAAGCCCAACUACCUGCCUCACAAGAGGCUCGAUGCCUCAGAGAAAGACGACAUCGUCGAGGAGUACAACAUCCCUCUCGGAAAGGCCAGCGAGCUUGAAAAUGCUAAGUUUGCUGCCAAAUGUGAGCGCUACGCCCUUGAGGCAGGUGUGACGCGACCCAAAGGCUACAAUGUCUCGUUCCAUUGCAAUCCAGACAUGGAGAAGCAUCAUUUCGGGCAGACACACCCCAUGAAACCGUGGCGCUUGACUCUCUCCAAGAGCCUGAUCUACUCCUAUGGCAUGUCCUUCGCCAUGGACAAUUACAUCUCGCGCGCUGCCACGUACGAGGAACUCGCCUCGUUCCACGCGACAGACUACCUGGACUUCCUUGGCACGGUCCUGCCCGAACCAGUCCCUUUCGAUGUAGAGAACCCGAACCCUGAUCUCAAGUUCAACCUGGGUGGAUCGGAUUGCCCCCUUUUCGAGGGCCUCUACGACUAUUGUUCCAUGUCAGCAGGGGGCGCGCUGGAUGCUGCUCGCAAGCUUUGCACCAAGCAGUCCGAUAUUGCCAUUGCUUGGGGAGGCGGUCUUCACCAUGCCAAGAAAUCGGAAGCUUCGGGCUUCUGUUACAUAAAUGACAUUGUCAUUGCAAUCUUGCAGCUGCUGCGCUGUUACCCGCGCGUACUCUACAUCGACAUUGAUGUCCACCACGGUGAUGGGGUUGAAGAGGCGUUCUUCUCCACCGAUAGGGUCAUGACCGUAUCCUUCCACAAGUACGACCCUCAAAACUUCUUCCCCGGAACUGGCGCGCUUGACGACAAUGGCCCCCAGAGUGAGCACAACCCAGGCUCCCACCAUGCAAUCAACGUUCCUCUUAACGACGGAAUCACCGAUGAGCAGUAUGACUGGCUUUUCAACUCGGUCAUUGGAAAAUGCAUCGAGAAGUUCAGGCCAAGUGCCAUUGCGCUGCAGUGCGGCGCGGAUUCCCUGGCCGGCGACAGACUAGGCCGGUUCAACCUGCAGGUACAAGGUCACGGCGCCUGUGUGGACUUUUGCAAACGAGUUGGAAUCCCUCUCAUCCUGUUCGGGGGUGGUGGUUACACGCCAAGGAACGUUGCCCGCGCUUGGACGUACGAAACAAGCAUAGCCAUCGAUCACCAAGACAAGCUCAAUCACAUGAUCCCGACUCAUACGCCCUGGAGGGAUCACUUCAGGCACGAAACGCUCUUCCCGACUCUUGAGCAGAUCCUCGGCGAGCCGCGACAGAAUCGCAACACACAGAAAAAGCUGCAAGAUAUUGUACAGCAUGUGACAGAGCAGCUGCGCUUUGUCCAGGCAGCCCCAAGUGUUCCUUUGCAGGUGAUCCCGCCAGAUCUAGGCGGCGUCAGGGACGAUGUCGAACAACGCAUCAAGGAGGAGACUGAGGAGAAGAGAGAUGAGCUUCGAAGAGCUCGAGAGGCGGCGAUCGGGCAAGCCAUGGAGUACUGA